AUGAGCCGAGCGGUUUCGCGUCUCGCAGAAGCUUGCUCUCGCCUUUCAAUCGCGAAAAGAACUUUCAACACUCCAUCUACCCUUCCGCCACCAUCUUCUUCAACAUAUUUCCCAAAAAUUAUUGAAACUCCAUCUACAAAAAAUGGAAAUUUCUACGAACAUUUUCCACAAAACCAAUCGAUAGAACUUCCGGCAUUGGACAAUCCUCAAAAAAUCAUAUAUACUUUUCCAACUUUGGAGAGAAUUGCACCAAAAAUCGCGCCAAGUCCCGAAGUUUUGACAGAGAUUCUGGAUAAACUCGCGCCAAAUUAUAAUGGUGAAAAAGUAAUCGAAGAACCCACAGGAAAUUCGGAGAAAAAUGCACCAAUAUAUUUGUCACCGCGACUUUUGACAAUUCGAAGACGUAAAAUGAAGAAGCAUAAGAGACGAAGAAGAUACGAUCGAGAUUUUUUCAAAUAUCAAAAAUAUCAUCGAGAGAAAAAAUUGAAAGCUGAAAGAGAAUUCCAGAAACGCAUGAAAUCAUUGUUGAAUGAAUUGGAAGUGUUCAAUCCAGAGAAAUAUGUCAAGGAUACUAUCAAAAUGUAAGUUUUGUUUUCAAAUCUUCAAUAAGUUUACAUUUUCUCUGAAAAAAAACCGAUUUUAAAUUGUUCAGGGCAAACAAAGAAUGGCAAGAUGAUUUGGCCCCAACUGGCCGAAAAUUAUAUCCACAUUGGUCGAGAUUCAUGAGUUUGGAACAAUUGUAUGGAUUACCAAAGAGUGAAUAUAUUGAUAAACGGUGAGUUUUGAUGACGUGGCAAUUUUAAGGCAGCAUUUCUUUGCAUGAAAAUUAAUUUUUCGAAUUUCAGAUCCGGUUUGGCGACUCCCGAAGAUGCCGAAAAAAUCAAAGCGCUCAAGGAAAAAUAUUCAAAAUUAUAUCGAAAAAAGUAG